AUGGAGAGGAAUGCAGAGUCAGCGUCAUCCUGUGGAGGGUACCUUAGCGACUCUGGAUCGAUCUACAGCCCAGGUUUCCCAUACUACUACCCUGACAAUUCCUACUGCGUGUGGUACCUUAGUGUUCCAUCUGGGCAAAGAGUCAUCCUGACAUUCCAUGAGAUUAACCUGGAAACCUGCUGCAACUGUGACUACAUUGCCGUGCACGAUGGGUACUCAACCAGCUCCCCUCUUCUCGGGAGGGUCUGCCAGAACUCAGAGAUGAGGAACUUCCAUUCCUCCUCCAGAUACAUGACCAUUGUCUUCAGGUCUGACUACUCAAUAGCAGCCACAGGCUUCUACGCCACUUUCACCACUUCUCUUUCUGAAUCCUCAGGGCGAGUGGAUUGUUCUUCAGACAACAUGAACAUAGUCAUCUCUUCCUCAUUCCUUAACUCAGUGGGCUACAGCGGCUACGACCUAUACUUGAAUGAUCAGAGGUGCAGACCACAAGUUUCCUCCUACCAGGUGGUCUUCAACUUCCCACUGAACACGUGCGGUACCCUGAGAGAGUUCAGCAAUGGAAGGGUGGUGUACAGCAAUGAUGUACGGGCAUACUACUCCAGUGGAGGUGAGAUCACACGCCAGUCCAACUUCCAGCUGCAUGUUGGCUGCUACAUGGACCAGGAUGCCACGGCACAGAUCAUGUACCAGGCCAAGGAGGACAUAAACAGCACCAUCACUGGAACAGGCCGUUUCAAUGCCACCAUGAAUUUCUACACCUCUUCUAGCUUUAUCACCCCGGUGUACAGCUCCCCAUACAUAGUGACCCUCAACCAGGACCUGUACGUGCAGGUGAAGCUGCUCAGGAAUGACAGCAGCCUGGUGCUGUCUGUGGACACCUGUGUGGCCUCACCUUCACCCCAUGACUUUUCAACCCGCUCUUACGACCUGAUCCGCAAUGGCUGUGUGAUAGACAGGACCUACUACAGUUUCACAUACGGCAACAGGAACGUGGCACAAUUUAAGUUCCGGGCCUUCAAGUUCCUGCGCAGCCACCCCAUGGUGUACCUGCAGUGUAAAGUGAAUGUAUGCAAAGCCCAUGAGAGCAACUCGGUCUGCACCCAGCCUUGCCGCUCCCGGAAGACCCGAUCGCUAAAAUCGACUUAUGAGGAUGCCACUCUGGUGCUGGGACCCAUCCAGCUCAAAGGCAGUGAAAAAAACAAGGAGAAGACCCCUGAGAAGGACAUUGCCGAGGCGAAGGACAUUGCCGAGGCAAAGGACUGA